AUGGCUUUCAGUUUCUCAACAAUGGCAGAGAAGAAAAAGGUUUUGUUCAUAAUGGGUGCAACUGGAACUGGAAAAUCUAAACUUUCUAUUAACCUAGGUAUUCAACUUCCUUCUGAAAUCAUUAACUCAGACAAAAUUCAAGUCUAUAAGGGUCUUGACAUUGUGACAAAUAAGAUACCAGAAUCCGAGCAAUGUUCGAUUCCACAUCACAUGUUAGGCAUCAUAAAUGAUCCUGAUUAUGAUUUCACUGUGAAUGAAUUCUGCAAGAAAAUGGUUGAAACCCUAGAUGUCAUUCUUGAAAAUGGACAUCUACCUAUUAUUGUAGGUGGUUCAAAUUCCUACCUACAAGUACUUGUUGAUGACCCAAUCUAUGCAUUUGGUUUAAAAUAUAAAUGUUGUUUCAUCUGGGUGGAUGUAUCUUUGUCUGUUUUGUUUCCUUAUUUGGACAAAAGAGUUAAUGAAAUGGUUGAGGCAGGUCUUAUUGAUGAAAUUAGAGACUUUUUUAUCCCUGGAGCAGAUUGCACAAUGGGGAUUAGAAGAGCAAUUGGUGUUCCUGAGCUUCAACGUUAUUUUGAGAUAGAAAAUGCUGAAGGUUUUGAUGAGGCUCAUAAAGAAAAAAUACUUAAGGAAUCUAUUACAAAAAUGAAAGAAAACACAUGCAUCUUGGCUGAAAAUCAACUCCUAAAGAUUAAUAACAUGGUUAAUAGAUUUGGGUGGAAGGUGCACAAAAUUGAUUCUACAAAGGUCUUUGAAGCUGUUUUGAAGGGAGAAGAUUAUCAACAUUUGCAUCAAGAUAUUGUGGUUAAGCCAAGCCUUGAGAUGGUUAAGAGAUUUUUGGAGGAGACAACUCAUGAAAUAUAA